UUCGUUGCUGCCACUUUGCAAUCUGGCCGUCAGUUUGGGGGCCUUUGUUGGUUACCCCACUACGGCCGGCGGUGGCCUCCGCCCUCCUCCCCUCUCGCCAACCUUAAAAGGGACUGCCCGGGCGCUUUCAAAUUUUAUAACCACACCCCAUCGCACUUGCCACCCCCGCGAUCGCUCUCGCCGCGCGCGGUCGCCAACCUCGCCGAACCACACGCCGCCCGGCGCCCUCCCGGCUGCCGGCCGCCUAGCUUGACCACACACACACGAGCGAGAGUUGCUAGCGACGACGCUCCGAUCCUUCUGCUUCUCCCGUACGUCGACGUCGUCGGCGUCGUCCCAUGCUCCUCCUCUGCCACAUAUAGCGAGUGGCAGCGGCGGUGUGAUCCUGCGCGUGGUGCGCGCGCUUGCGGUUGCGGUUGCCGCGCCGGCGACGGCGAGUACGUAACGACGACAAUGGCAGCGCAGGAGACCGCCGCGGGCACCGGCGGCGGGGCCCCGCAGGUGGUGACGCGGUGGCGGUACGGGGACGUGGGCGACAGCAACUUCGCGGUGCACGGCCGCGCGGUGCCGCUGCUGGUGGGCCUGCUGUGCGCCAUCGUCUUCUUCGUCGCGCUCUGCCUGUACCUCCGCUGGAGGUGCCACCGCUACGCGCCCGCCGACGAUGACCCGGAGGCGGGGGACGCCUCCUCCUCGUCGGCCGCGGCCGCGUCGCUGCCCGGCCUCGACGCCGACGCCAUCCGCCGGCUGCCCGUCACGCUGUACCGCCCACCUGCGGCGAUGCCGCCGCCGUCAGCGCCGCGCCUCGCCGUCCCCGGGGAGAAGGCCGAGGCCGAGGCCGAGGCCGAGGCCAACGACGACGACGACCAGGCGGCGGAGGCGCUGUGCUCCAUCUGCAUCAGCGCGCUGGUGGCCGGCGAGAAGGUGAAGGUGCUCCCGCCGUGCGGCCACUGCUUCCACCCGGACUGCGUCGACGCCUGGCUCCGGUCCCAGCCCAGCUGUCCGCUCUGCCGCUGCCUCCUCGCCGCCUCCGUAGCCGCCGCCAAGGCCGAUGGCGCCAACGACGCCGUGUGAGUGUGAAACUGUGAAUGGCAGGCACGCACUUGGCAAUGGCAUCCUCACAUCACAUGACAAGCGGGCCCCUGCUAUCAGCGUCCCCCGAUCGAGACCCGGCCUUUUAAUCAGCGCGCGCAUUAUAGUUAAUGGUGAUGGUGGCGGCCGCCAAGACUGCGUCAGAUCUACUCGUUUGUGAUAGAUGUGAGUGCGCUUGAAAAGAA